UCAAUGACGUCACAUGUUGACAGCGUGUUUGCAUUGACGUGUUGGUUCUGCUGCGAUGUCGACUUGACCAACUUGUGAUUGCUAAAGAUUCGACUCGCCCUGCUCUUCGUCUUGGAAGCCGCGAACGUCCCGGCGGUAGCCUCCUCUUCGUCGGGUUCCAGGCCGCGAAAAGCGAUGGAGAAUCACAUUCCGGGUGACCGAAGCGACGUGUUUGCUGGCUUUAGCACGGCAUUCAAGUCGUUCGCUACGGAGGCGAUUCACGUGGGCCAGGAGCCGGAGCAGUGGACGUCCAUGGCGGUAGUGCCUCCGAUUUCUCUCUCCACCACGUUUAAACAGCAAGCACCGGGAAAACACGCUGGCUUUGAGUACAGUCGCAGUGGAAACCCGACAAGAAACUGUCUCGAGAAGGCUGUAGCCGCACUGGAUGGAGCCAAGUACUGCCUCGCCAUGGCGUCGGGCUUGGCUGCAACGGUGACCAUCACACACAUGCUGAAAGCAGGAGACGGGAUCAUCUGCAUGGAUGAUGUUUACGGAGGCACAAACCGCUACUUUCAAAAAGUGGCUGGAGAAUUUGGGCUGAAGAUCGACUUGGUGGACUGUACCAAACCCGAGCUACUCAAGGCGGCGCUGAAGCCCAACACAAAAAUGGUGUGGCUGGAGACACCCACCAACCCCACCAUGAAGGUGGUGGACAUCCGGGCCUGCUCCGACCUGCUGCACCAUCACAACAAAGACAUCGUGGUGGUGGUGGACAACACCUUCAUGUCUGCGUACUUCCAGCGCCCUUUGGCUUUGGGAGCAGAUAUCUGCAUGUACUCCGCCACCAAAUACAUGAACGGUCACAGUGACGUGGUUAUGGGCCUGAUGUCCGUCAACCGAGAGGAUCUGUAUGAGAAAUUGAAGUUCUUGCAGAAUGCGCUAGGUGGCGUGCCAUCACCCUUUGACUGCUACCUGGUCAACCGCGGCCUGAAGACGUUACACCUGCGCAUGGAGCGCCACUUUAAGAACGCCAUGGCCGCUGCCAAGUUCCUGGAGGCUGAUGCCAGAGUGGAGCGUGUCAUCUAUCCAGGUCUGCCCUCUCAUCCCCAGUAUGACGUGAUGAAGAGACAAUGCACGGGAUGUCCCGGCAUGAUCACCUUCUACAUUAAAGGGAACCUCAAACACGCCGAAGCCUUCCUCAGUAGUCUCAAAAUAUUUGCAGUGGCUGAGAGUCUUGGCGGUUAUGAAAGCUUAGCAGAGCAUCCGGCGAUCAUGACUCACGCGUCCGUACCCGAGAAGGAAAGGAGCAUCCUGGGCAUCAGCGACACUCUGAUCCGACUCUCUGUGGGCUUGGAGGAUGAGGACGAUAUCAUCGACGAUCUGAAACAAGCGUUGGCUGCUGCUCACCCAAAGACCAGCGCGAGUGCCUGAAGAGUUUCACGAAGAGGAAGGCUCCCAACACCAAAAACAAAUCAUCUCCUCUCUUCUUAGAUGCAAAAAAAAAUGUAAUCCUACUCCGUCAUGUCUUUUUACUACUCAUGACACUUUUACUAUUAUCAGUACUAUUAUUUAUCGGACCUGGGCUGACAUUGUUUUUGUGUUUUAAAGCGCUUCGCAAUGAUACAAGUUGAAUGACGCCACCUCCAUCUUUCCUGUCGAGCAUCCGAUUAAAAUGCUACUUUUUUUAAAAAACAUAUAUAAUGUUCAUACCACAAACAUAAUGCAGAUUAAUUGUGAAUAGACCAUAUUCUGUACUGUACAUGAUGAUACUGCUAUUAUGAAUAAAUAAGCGGCAUGUAUUUGCA